CUUGCUGGGACCCGUGCUCAUGUCACAUGCUUCUUCUCGUAGCGCAAAUGUUAACAUAUAUUGUAUAAUUUCGUAAAACGGCGCAAUGAAAAUGCUUUUCUGUACGCUUGUACUCUAUAUGCGGUAAUUUGACCAGUUUGAACCGCUUAAACCUCAUCCAAGUUAGCUAAUAAAUACGGAAAGCAAAAAUGGCUGUUCUCGCUGUGCCCCGUUUUAUUACAUUUCGUUCACAUUUUAGUAAGCGUUGCUAUUUUCCCUGGAUGCAACGUGUCACUCCAUCUGUCCGACGUCAUCACUCAACGUACACAUCAGUGGAUCACCUCAAUCCGGGUCUUGAGAGGUACAAGGACUUGCAAGCGUAUUUUAAGAGACACCUGAAGGCAACAUACAGCAGGUUCUCAAACACUCUUGACUACUCAGAGGUGUAUGGACGUCACCAUGUUUAUUUUAUUGAAGGAAACAGCAUCUACAGAAUGGAUAAGACGCAAUGUGAGUCACAACCAGAGAAGGUUUUCCACCUGGGACAGAUCCCUGCACGUGAGGAAGAAGAAGAGGAAACAGGACCUGAAGCGUGGACUUUGCAGAGAAUCCGUCUGUCCCCUCUGGAGAGGCAUCUUGCUGCCACAGUGAAGACACAUUACAAAGAAGCUUUAAGGUGUGUGGUCGUGAAGCUUGGACAAAGGAGUUUCAGUGUUGUGCUCACACUGGAUGAUGUCUUCAGCUUUGAGUGGGCCACAGAUGAGGUUCUGUUCUACACGGUUCAAGAGGGUCUGCAGUGCCAUAGAGUCUAUCGUCUGGACUUGACCCCUCGUGGAAGUACGAUACGGUCUGUUUACGAGGAAUCCCAGCCUGACGUGUUUGUGGAGGUGGCCCUCUCCAGAGAUCGCCAGCUGCUCACCAUCAACAGCAACAACAGGACCAGCUCAGAGGUGCUGCUGGUUGAUGUCUCAGCCCCCGGUCUAGAACCUGUCAUGUUUCAGCCACGCCAGACGGAGCUGUUGUACCACGUGGAGCACUGGAAGCGGAACUUGAUCAUACUGGCCAACACGGGGCCUGGCCAGGAAUAUCAGGUGGUGAAGGCCCCCCUCUCAGAGCCAUCCAUGUGGUCAUGGGAGAGUGUGUUCACCCCCCGUGCCGGCACUGUGCUGAAAGACAUGGACGUGGUGGAAGACCACUGUGUGCUGGUUGCUCAGACAUCAGCCAAUGAGCUUGAGCUGAUUGUGAUCCCACUUACCCAACCAAGGCAAGCAUACACUUUGCAGCUCCCCUCCUGGGCCUGCACCGUUGAAAGCAAGCGUCCAGGCCUUGCAGACCAAGGUGUGUUUGAGUUCUUCAUCUCCUCUCCAGCCCACCCCCCUGUGUCGUACUGCCUUUACCCAGAGGAAGGGCUCCUUUUAUCAGGCACUGAUGAUGCGUCCGCUCCAAAGAACCAGGAGAGUCCCGUCACCACCACACGCUUAAAGGCCUGCAGCCAAGAUGGUACUUUGGUGCCGUUGACACUGUUGCAUGGAGUGAAGUGUUCCAAACAGACGCCUCUGCUGGUGCACGUCUACGGCGCCUAUGGCCGAGAUGUCAACAUGGACUUCUGCCCGGAGAAAAGGCUUCUGCUGGAGAAGGGCUGGGCUCUUGCCUACUGUCACAUCAGAGGGGGAGGAGAGCGUGGACUGGCCUGGCAAAGACAAGCUCGCGUGGAGGGGAAGCUCAAAGGCAUAGAAGACCUUCAAGCCUGCCUCCAUCACCUCUUCUCCUCUGGAGUCUCCAGCCCCUCGCUGACUGCCCUAGCAGCCUGCAGUGCCGGAGCCGUGCCAGUGGGGGCGCUGUGCAACAGCCGGCCAGACAUGAUGCAGGCUGCUGUGCUGCAGAGUCCUUUCCUGGACGUGCUGCAAACUAUGGACGACGCCGAGCUGCCUCUCACUGUGGAGGACAGGGAAGAGUGGGGCGAUCCUAUCGGAAACCCAAAACACAGACUCGCCAUUGCCUCAUAUUGUCCAGUUCACAACAUUACGCCUCAGCGUUAUCCAUCCAUGCUACUGACCGCCUACAGCGGCGACAGCAGGGCACCUCUGGCUGGUGUACUGAAAUACAGCGAGAAGCUGAAGGAGGCCGUGCAAGCACACUUCAGCAUGGCAGCCAAAUUAGAACCUGAACCAAACAUUGUUGUGAAUAUCAAGCACGGAGAAAAUCACCUGGAAGCAGAUGACUGGGAGAUGACGCUGGAGGAGGAAGCCCUCAAGCUAGCGUUUCUCUACAAGGAGCUGGGCCUGGAUCCGCCUCGAUCUUCUCGACGGCGGAGGAAGAGAUAAAAGACUGUGGAUGAGAAGAACCCAAACGUUUUGUGCUGCUGCACAUUUGCAGAAGACAGGACAAGAAGGGAUGUCAUGCUUUCUGAUUGAAUUAAGACAUGGAACAACUUCAUGGGAUCCAUUAAAAGAUGCUGCAGGAUGUAAAGAUUUCCUUCAUGUUAGCAGGUAUAGAGAAUGUCCAUCACACUUAAAUAACAGGCUUUCUCAGAGACAUAACACUGUCCAGGAUGGUUGGUGUUAAAGCGCGCGUGGGCGGAGAACCGAAUCAUCAAUCCCUCUCCAGCCUCGGUCAGAAUCUGAGAUUUGUGCACCACAUUGCCGUCGUUGGUUCGAUUGGUGCUCAUCAGAACAUUCAGCUGCUCGGGCAGCUCGCCGACAGAGGACAGAUCCGUGGCGGCGGACUCUUGGCCGAAAUUGAGCACCAGGAGGAAGGCGUGGUCCAGCCCGUCCAGUUCUCGGAUGUAGGAGAAGACAUUGUUGUCUGCGUGGACGUAGCAGAACCAGCCUCGUUUAAGCGGCAGCUCCAGCUGACGCAACGUGUUGAGGAGGCGGUACUGAGACAGGAUCGAACCUUCGUCUUGCUUCUGGACCUGAAUGCGGACACAUGGAAACAACUGAAUGCACAGUUGGGAAUAAAAAGCGUUAUUAGGGUGUGUUGCGUUCACCUCCACGUUGACUCGACUGUAGUCAGGAUGCACAGGCAACCACGUCAUGUUGGUUCUGUUGUUGAAGCCUGCAUUGACGGCAGAACUCCACUGCAUUGGAGAACGCUGAGGAUCUCUACCGGCACUCUGCAGUAAUUUUAUGUACACUUUAUUAGGUACACCUGCUUGAUCUAACACAAGAACUGUAUGCCUUAUCCAAGUUUUUGUAAUUACCGCAGUUCCACUGCACUACAAACUACAACUACAAUCACAUGAUUGUUGGAAAUACUCUAAAUUAAGCAUUAUUACUAGGGAUGUGCCGAUCCGAUGUAUUUUGAAGAUCGAAUAAUUACAGUACAGUACAAUUUGCUGCAUUUAAGUCUGCACAGAAACCCCCAAAAAUACAGUCAAAACAUGUGAAUGCAAUUAAUGACAUGGUGUCUUUGAACACAUGCUCAUUAGUGAUGGUAAACUCCAUUCCUUUAACUGGCUCAAGUUUGUAUGAGGCACUCACUAAAGCGAAUAGAGCACUCAAUUCACUCGAGUCGGGUGUCACAAUGCACGCGACUCCCAUAGACAUACUGUAUGCCCGCGCUAAGCAAACACCUCACUGUGAUGGUUGGCCCGUUGCAGCAAUACGUUUAUGUGGCAGACGUGCCAAACUAAUGCAAGAAAAUGGACCAAACUUAGUCAAGCGCCUUUCUACGAAGAAGGAUGGUUUCACAGCGGGAAUCAAUAAUAGUCUGUUUAACAGCUGUUAAUUUUGUUAUCUUGAGCUAAAAAAAAUGAUGAUUGAACAAUUUAUUUCUCAUGUAUAUGUAUUACUCCAAAACAUGCAUCAAAUUAAAUUCAGGUUUGUGUCAGAUAGUACAAGAAUUGUUUUACUCAAAAAAAAAAAAAAAAAAAGACACCCAAACAAUUAUUUUUUUAAUAAUGACCUAUUUGCCAGGAGCCCUUGGAAUUGUCUAACGGUGCCCCUGCCCACUACCACUCAUCAUAAAUACAUUGGAAAAAUGUACAGUUAAUCCAUGUGAUCGGUAUCGGAAUCAGCGGCAUAGAACCCUGAUCAGAGCAUCCCUAAAUUGCGCAAUUAUUGCCAUUACCUUGUUUCCUUUUUAAUUUAGCCUGUGGCAGCAGGAUACGAGCGAAUACCCGCGAGUCCCGGUUCAGUGGAAAACUUGCGAGUUUUGAACGACUGGGUCAAUACUCGACCAUAUCUGUCGUUCAUGAUAACGCGGUUAAAGUGUGAUUCACAUGUUCUGCUUUUAUUAAAGAAACUAGUGUUAGGUAAAUACAUUUUCAGACAUGGUGCUAUCUUUUAGUUUGAUUUCAAGUUUCAGUUCAUUUGGAGCUGUUAAUCAUCCUGUCAUUUUCCUCCUCUAAAACCUAAUCGUCAGGUUAGAAAUCUAGGGGUAAUAGUGGACCCAGAUCUGAAUUUUAACAGCCACAUUACUCCACAACAUCAUCAGCUUUUUACCACCUAAAAAGCAUUGCCAAAAUCAGGGGAAUAGUGUCUAAGCCAGACUUAGAUAGACUAAUCCAUGCCUUUGUCUCCAGCAGACUAGGCGGUAGUGACGGCCUUCUCAGCGGGCUCUCUAAACCAGCAGUAAAACAGCUGCAGUACAUCCAGAAUGCUGCUGCUCGAGUCCUGACUAGAACCAGGAAAUAUGACCAUACUAGUCCAGUGCUCAGUUCUCUGCACUGGCUUCCUGUUGCUCAGAGAAUAGACUUUAAAACAGCUCUGCUUGUGUCUUGUCUUGUCUGUUUGUCUUUUCAUGGUCUUGCGCCAAAGUACAUCUCUGACAUGUUAGAGCCACAUAAACCAUCUGGAGCUCUGACAAGCUCAGUGAGUGGUUACCUUCGGGUGCCCAGAGUCAGGACUAAACAUGGUAAGGCUGCGUUUCAGUUUUAUGCUGUCAAAAUCUGGAACAAUCUUCCAGAAGAUGUGCGACUUUGGCAAUGUUCAAAUGCAGGCUGAAAACACUUCUAUUCAACUGUGCAUAUGACAACUGAAAGUACAGUAUUUUACCUGCACUCUUUUUUGUUUUAUGGAAUGAUUUUAGAAUGAUUUUAAGUUUUUAUGGAAUGAUUUUAUGAAGUGAUUGCAUCUUUUCUGUAAAGCACUUUGAAUUACCUGCAAAUCGUGAUUAACAUGAUUAGUUAAUUUGGAAACUGAUUAAUCUGAUUCAAAAUGUUAAUCAUUUGACAGCCCUAAUUUACAUAAAAAAUGUGUACUAGUACCAUAUUGUGUCUGCCUGCAGGGUCCUGAAUCUGACUUUGUGUCACGUUGAUGUUCUCCAUGCCGAUCUCCUCGCCAUAGUAGGUGGACGGCGUCCCGGGAAGGGUCAGCAGGAGCAUGUUGAUGACCCUAACGUAGCGCUGACCCGCAGCGGAGGCCAUGCGAGGCUUGUCGUGGUUCCCGAGCUGAUCAGUGGGAGAAGAGGAAUGAAUAAGAUGUAGUGAUGAACAACAAGGCAGGAAGGCUGUGAAUGCAGAGACUGACCAGCCAGUUGGGCCACAGCCCUGAGGGCAUGUUUCCCAUCCAAAGGUGGACCAGAUGUUUGAGCCACAAGCCGCUGGUGUUGCGAGGCAGAUCCAUGAGGUAGAAGUUAAAGGGAAAGUCGCUCUCUUUCACCAGAGGCGUCCCGUAGUACAUCAUGGUCUUGUCCACCUCCUGGUCAUCGUAGGAUUCUGUCACCAUCAGCCUGGGACACAGACGCAAUUUCAUACAAGGUCCAGAAGAAAACAAAAAUGAACUCUUGCCGUACCGGUAUCUGCCAGGCUCCUGGCUGUAGACGUCCAUGAGAGCCCUCCACCCCCUCAGCAGGUCAUGCAGGCCCAGCUGAGUGGUGGUGUAGUCAUGGUGGAGGUCCCACUCGGAGGUCACGGACUCCUGGAUUGGGUCGAAAAUAAAGAGUAAACAUGUAGUAUGCCUCCAGUGUGUUGGCCAAAACAUUAGGUACACCUGCACAAUCGAAUCAGAAUAAAAUCCAAUAUAUCUUUAAAAAAUACAUACAUAUGCUGUUUUCAUUUUUUUGUUAAGAUUGAAACUUCAUGCUAAUAAAGUGACAUUAUUUUUCUUCAUAAUAUUACAUUAUUCUUGUAAAAAUACGUUUUCCCAGUUUUUUGUCUUUAUAUUUUGACUUUAUUCUUAUAAAAUUACUGCAGAUUUUUCAAUUUUUGCUGUUUUUUUAGUUUUCCUGGUAAAUUGAAUUCUUAGAAUGUGCUGCAGGCCAAUAAAAAACAGCCGCGGGCCACAAAUGGCUUUGGACAACCCUGUUCUCGACCCUUGUAACAAAUACAGUAUGUGCAUUGACGCGCAUUGUGUAAUUGUUACUUACUUUUAUGGCUCCACAAUAUGCUGUACAAUGUAUGAUGAUAACAGAUUGACUGGAUCUUAGUAAGAGCUGUUUAAAUGUCAAUAAAAAUGCACACUAUUGUGAAGCACCAACUGCUCAUUGUGUCUAACUGAGGAGUCAUCAUCCUCCAGUCAAGUACAGCUUGUCCAUGAAUAGUAAGUGACAUCCUGCUUUAUAAC